AUGCCCGGCCGCCCGGGUUUAUUCUCGACCCUGCUCUUCCUCCUGCAGCACUGUACGUGUGUUUACACGGCAGCCGUGGAGUUGCGCUCCGAUGCCAGUCUCCUCACAUCACCAGCCUCGUUUUCUCACACACUCGCCUCAUCCAGCCCCAAGCGCUUCUCAAGACCAAGCAAAGGCUCCGUGGAGCCCCACGAGUACAUGCUUUCCAUCUACAAGACUUUUUCGGCUGCCGAGAAACUGGGACUGAACGCGAGUUUUUUUCGUUCUUCUAAAGCCGCAAACACUAUCACGAGUUUUGUGGAUCAUGGACAAGAUGACUCUCUGAACUCUCCACUGUGGGCACAGAAGUAUCUGUUUGAUAUUUCAACCCUUUCUGAUAAAGUUGAGCUGCUGGGUGCUGAACUAAGAAUUUACACGAAAAUCUCUGGGCACUUCCCGACAUCUGAUGCAGGUCCCAUGGAGAUUCAGCUUCUGUCCUGCCAGACUCACAGACUUCUGGAUUCCAAAAUCUUAGAUUUACAGAACUUUCGAAAAGCAAGAUGGGAGGUUCUAGAUGUGUGGAAACUUUUUGCAGAACGUGGUUUGCAUACACAAGGGAACUUCUUCUGUCUGGAACUCAAGGUUUCCCUUGACAAUCCUGAGAGGGAAAUCGACUUACGGCGUCUUGGAUUUCACAGAUAUGGGCGUCCACAGCAGAAGAAAGCCAUAUUGGUGGUGUUCACUAAGUCAAAAAAGAGGCAUAGCUUAUACUAUGAGAAAAAAAAAAAGAUUAAAUUGGGCCCUGACCAUGGUGUAAAAGAGAAGGUAAAACCCCAGCGGAAGCGACGGACAACAUUAAAUAACCGUCAUGGCAAACGGCAGGGUAGAAAGUCUAAGUCUAGAUGCAGCAAGAGGCCACUUCAUGUCAAUUUUAAAGAACUGGGAUGGGAUGACUGGAUCAUCGCUCCUCUGGAUUAUGAGGCAUACCAUUGUGAGGGUAUCUGUGACUUUCCACUUCGAUCUCACUUGGAGCCUACUAAUCAUGCCAUCAUACAGACUUUGAUAAACUCUAUGAACCCCAGCAACAUGCCACCUAGCUGCUGUGUGCCUUCCAAACUUAGCCCUAUUAGCAUCUUGUACAUUGAUGCUGGCAAUAAUGUAGUGUACAAACAAUAUGAGGACAUGGUGGUAGAGUCAUGUGGUUGCAGGUGACUAGAGAUGUUCCUCAAAAGAGUAAAAAUUGCUGGUCAAGUCUUUAUGAUAAAUUAUUGGAGGAUUUAAACAUUGGAGCUGAGAGAG